ACACCAGUUUAUUUGCAGUGUACACUCACAAGUAUGUAGUAACAAUUAAGGUUGAUAUUGAUUACACAUUUGUACAUAUAUAUGUACGUAUUUAUAUACUUGUCUGUGUUUAACUUAAAUUACUUGCUUUCACAUGUUGCUACUUUAUCUAAACCAUAAGUAAAAUAAUUUAUAUGUAUGCAAGCAUGUAUGUAGGCACGUGCAUGAAAAGCCAUUUGUUCAUAUUGAAGGCAACAAAUUCUGAAGUGUACAACAGAUUAGCCAACAAGGAAAAAUAAUAUUUUAAGCUUUGAACGAGAUAAUUUUCCUCUAAUCUUAAUGCUAGCAGUAAAUUUUCCGAUACAUCUGUAUUCCGUUGCGUACUGAAUAGUAACAACAAUUUUUUGGCGCUUUUUAACUACCAAACCAUUUAUUUUUAGAAAUAUUAUUUUGCCUGCUAGAUAAUUACACAUGUUUGUGUAGCACAAUUACUGAUAUUCUAUGAGCUGCUAAUUAUGUACACACCAGAUUGUUUUGCAUUACCAGUUACACGCAUCGUGUAUACAUAUAUAAUAGUCAGCAUAUCGGGGAUUUAAAAAAAUGUAAUAGUCAAUGGAGAUUUAUCAAGUUGACGAAAGGAAAAUGUACAAUUUCCAAAAAAUAGAUACAUGUAUAUUACAAAAUGUACGUAUAACUUUGUAUGCUAAAUUACAUAUGUACGUAAUUGCAUGGCAAGGGAUAUUACAAAAAUUUGUAGGAUGCAGUACACAAAUGUGUACAAUAAGUUACUAUAUUUUGAAAAAUACUUUGAUGGUCAACUGAUACAAAAUUGUUGCACUAAUGUACAUAAUUUGUUAGCCAAGGACAGUAGUUAAGCACAUCAAUAAGCACAGUUUAAGUAAACUUUUCUUUGAAAUCGUUACCAAUAAAAACACAUUCUUGCAUGCAUAUGUAUGUCCUGCGUAAGUAAUGUGAUUGAUUUCAGCUGGAAUAUGCAGAAUCUGCAUUGUACAUACAUAACCAUGUAGAUUAAUGCAUCUUAUCUUUCCCAUAUGAUAUGCACAUCGCUCUGUGUCAUUGAGGCAAAAAUGUUUCCUAAUCCAUCACAUCCUUCUCGUACCGUCCCUCAUCUUAAUUCUGACACAUUGUGACAAUGUCAAUGUCAUAUGAUUUUAAUUUCAAUUUUAUACACAUUCACGACCAAGGUGAAAGACUACGCAAGAAUCACUUAAAUUCAGUACAUUCUGGAAAUGAUCCGCUUCAAAGGGAAAAAUACCGAUAUUUGCCAUUCCAAAUUAUUACUUUUACACUAUGAAUACAAAUUUAAAGGAUGUGACUGUCUCGAAAUACCAACCUCAAUUGGUCAUGCUUAUUUAGUUACUGCUACCGUCUCAUGUCGGUGCUUUAUGACCACAAUUUGAACGUAUGUAUUAAUACAAUCCGUUCCAGAUAGCCUCAUGAUGGUGAUAAUUAUCAUUUUAAAAUAGAAAUUACAAUUUUUGAGCAGGUUAAAACUUGAAGAAAUUAGUUACCCUCACGCAAUUGAACCAUUGUGGUAGAAAAAUUGAAAAACAAACAUGUACAAAUUUCUUGUAUGGUCAUUUACAAUUUAAAUAUUGGAAACUCCUUUCGCUCCCGAAAACCAUCAUUAGUUAAUGAUGGAGAUGUGUUACGUAUGUUCAAUUAAGGGGAGAGGGAACGUUCAUAAAUUAGAAUGAGGCAAUUCACGCAGUGAUUGGGAACUUUGUAAAAUCUGGAAAUUUUGUGAAAUAAUUUUACAAAUUUUUAUAAAAUAAAAAAGCCCUUGAUCUGAGUAAGUUUAUAAAAAUUUGCAAGGUAAUUUUCUUCAGAAAAGUUGGUAAAAUUUGGUAAAAGUUUAUAAAUGUACGGAUUUUACAGUAUUACCAAAAACCGCGUGAAUUAAUUCAAUGAUAUACAUAAUUUUUGCGAAAUCCAUGCGAAAUGCUGGAUUUUAAGCCACAUAAUUCAUGCCCGUUCCCGUAUCGACUUCUGAAAAUUAUUUGUUAAGUAUUUAUCUAAUCAGGUUUUGCAUAAUGACGUUCACCACAAAUAACUCCAUUACAGUUAUUGUAAAAUCUUAUGUCAAAGAAGGCGUAAUUAAGUUUAGCAUAAUUUUGGAGAGUUUGAGUCUAAAUUUUGUUAUGUUUGUCUUCCAACUUCUAAUUGAUUUUUGUUAUGUGAUGAUGACUUAAUGGUGAACCUGAAAACCUUAGGAUUUUGUUAUGUCAAAUCUUUCACUUAACGACAAGUAGUGUGCGUGAAUUUGAAUUCAAUCCGGUUUUUUCAGGUAAAUACUAACCUAAUUUCAAUUUCUCAUGAAUUUUUGUAAAAAAAAUAAAUGUUGGGAUAAAUCAAAUCGAAAUAUUCAAUUAGCUGUUUCUUUUUUUACAAAUAAAAGACAUCAAUUAAGGCUUUCUUGUGUAUAUUACAGGCAAGAUAAUGUAGACAAUUAUGUACUAAUUUAUUCGAACUUUAAAGAAGAGAGGUUAGAAAGUCUGAACUACACGCUUAACUCAACAAAGGUAGCGUUGAGGAAUUAUUUUUAACGUUAAACGUAUGCCAUAAUUUAAAUUGGUUCCAUCCCGCAUGUGUAAAUGGACAAAGAUUUUUUAGCUGAAAGAUAAUAAUAGCUUGGUAAAUGGAGCACAUUACUUCAGACGCCUUCUUGCCAGCAGGAAAGCACAAAUUGUGCAACUGUACAUAGUUGUUACAUUUUAAUAUUUUUAGAAAAUUUUGAGCAAAUUAAACUCGCUGAUUUGUGAGAUAUUCGAAAAUCUGGCUACAUAAUUUCUAAGAUAUUAGAAAACCUGGCCAAUUUGUGACAUUAGAACCAUGUCCAAUCACAGCGUUGUGCAGCAUUUGGCUGCAACGUUGAUACACAAUAUGACAAAUGCGAGCCACGAAGGGAUGCCCGACGCGCAUGCGCAUGGAAAUCAUACAAUCACCGAGGGGGGAUUUUUAUCGGGACGAAAUCCCUUCGUUUUUGUGGCGUCCGCUCCACUGCCUACUUUUAUCGUGCAACUUGUCGUUAUCGUUUCCAUGUCGAGAUUUGUCAAAUUAUUCCUUUCGCCAAUUAAGCAACCUGCCGUGAUUGCGGAAACCAUUUCUGGGAUCAUACUCGGUCCAACUUGCAUGGGCCACAUUCCGUACUUUUCGGAAACUAUAUUUUCCAAACCGUCCCUCCCAUUUCUCAACCUCAUGUCCAACUUUGGCCUGGUUCUUUUCCUCUUCCUCGUCGGACUCGAACUGGAUCCUCGCAUGUUGAAGAAAAGUAUUCGAAAUAGUUUGGCCAUCUCACUCACUGGAAUGGCACUUCCGUUCGCCUUAGGUGCUGGGGUUUCGUACAUCCUUUACACCUACAUCGAACCACCCUCGCAUCAGAACGGCUUCACCAAAUAUUUCUUGUUUCUCGGCGUUGCCAUGGCGAUCACUGCUUUCCCUGUCCUCGCCAGAAUCCUGACCGAACUCGGCCUCCUAAAAACCAAAGUUGGCGGCAUCACGAUAUCCGCCGCUGCCGUUGACGACGCCACGAGCUGGUGCCUCCUCGCCCUCGUCAUCUCCCUCAUCAACGCGGGCUCCGGCCUCAUCGCGCUCUACGUCUUCCUCAUGGGCCUCGGCUACUCGCUCUUCCUCAUCUUCGUCGUCCGCCCCCUCUUCGUCCGCCUGCUCCGACGAUCUGGCGCCUUCGACUCGACGCCAUCCCAAGUCAUGAUGUUCCUCACGCUCAUGAUCGUCUUCGUCUCCGCCUUUAUCACGGACGCGAUCGGGAUCCACGCCAUUUUCGGCGGCUUCCUCGCCGGUAUCAUAAUGCCCCAUGAGGGCGGUUUCGCCUACCACAUCACCGAAAAACUUGAAGACAUCGUCGCCAUCUUAUUCCUUCCCUUGUACUUUGCCCUCUCCGGCCUGCGAACCUCAAUCGGCUCUUUGGACGACCCCAUUAGCUGGGCCAUCGUCCUUCUCGUCAUUUGCGUCGCCUGUUUCGGCAAAAUCUUCGGCUGCACCCUGGCCGCCAAAGUGACCAAGAUGAACUGGCGGGAAUCCAUCACGGUCGGAUGUCUCAUGAACUGCAAAGGCCUGGUCGAACUCAUCGUCCUAAAUUUAGGCUACGACGCCCAAGUAAUAUCCCAACGCACCUUCGCCAUCAUGGUCAUCAUGGCUUUGGUCACGACCUUCAUCACCGUCCCGCUCGUGUCCUUCAUCUACCCGCCCCUUUACCACGACAAACCAGAAGAACCCGCCAAUUCCACGCAUCACAAGGGGAAGAAAAACGGCCCGCCAAGUGUGCUCGUCUGCGUCAACAAGAUCGAGCAAGUCCCCCCAAUCUUAAGCGUGAUUCACCUCCUCCAAUCCAAACUGAACACCGUGGUCCCCAAAGACUCGAGGAAAGGGUCGCACCAAAGCCAGUCCUCCACUUCGGGCGGAAUAAACCCCUGCCUCCGCCCCCAGAAGGAUGUCGACAUCACAAAACCCGCCAAAACUACGACCGGCGUCGUAAUCAAUUCCCUCCGGCUUAUCGAACUCACAGAGCGGGAUUCCUCCGUCAUGCUGCAAACGUCUCAAGACGCCUUGAAAGACGACCCGGUCACUAAAAUGUUGCGAACUUUCUGCGAAAUGAACAAGAGCAAGAGCCACGUCCGCAGUUUGAGCAAGGUCGUCACCAUGAACAGUUUUGGCGACACGCUGGUCAAGACUUCGGAACAGGUCAAUGCAAAAUACAUCUUGAUCCCGUGGAGUGGAAGUGGGUCGAUGAUUGAAGACAUGCCGAUCGGGCCGAUCCAGCAGGCUUUUGGGGAGCACAGGCAACGCCGGCAGUCCAUCCACACGCCCGUCCAGCAUGCCAACUUUAUCCAAGAUUUGCUGGCCGGGUCGACCUGCACCGUGCUGAUUUUGGUGGAUCGAGGUCUGGACGUCACGUCGCCGAGUAUCUUGUCAAUUUCGAAUGGGCAAACGCAAGUGCAAACGUAUCAGCAGAUUUAUCUCCCAUAUUUCGGCGGGCCGGAUGAUAGGGAAGCGUUGGAAAUUGUGAUCGGCUUAUCGGCCGUGCCUGGCGUCAAGAUAAAUGUGAUUCGGUACAAGAAUAUAAUUUCGAGGAGAUAUUCAGGGAAUUCGGACAUGGGUUCGGGCGAGAGUAACGAUACGAUCGAGCAGCCAGAAAUGUUGGUGCUGGAUGCGCAGGAUGAUGAUUUGAUUCGGCUGUAUUUCGGGGGGCAGGGGAAGAAUAAUAUGUUGUAUUCGGAGGUGGAGUCGUAUACGCCGGUGACGACGGCGUUGCAGUUUUUGGGGCAGUUGAGCAGUAGUGAUUUAGUCAUUAUUGGGCGGGGGAAUACGAGGAUGCAGAAUAGUUUGCAGUUUAAGAAUGGGGAUAAUGAGAGAAGGAAGGUUUUGGGGGAUGUGGCAGAGUCGUUUUUGCUUUGUCCGUGUAACGCGAGCGUGCUGGUGGUGCAGUCGAAUAGGUUGACGACCAAGUUGUAGGGGGGGAGGGCUGGUUUUAUUUUGUAUUUAUAGAUAGAUAAGUAAUGUUAAUGGUUAUUGAAAUAUGUUUUGAUAAAAUGAGUUGGAAAGAAGUAGUAUUUUUUAUAAGGUGUUCAGUAAAUACACAAUGCAAAAUUCGAAAAUUGUUCUCUAACAUAGUCCGUGUAACGAAAAAAUAAUAAUUUCAGCUAAAUGUAGUCGGAAUAAAAUGAAAACAUUGUACCUAACAUAAAUAAGUAAACCAAAAUGAUAUCCUUUUGUAUGGAUAUAUUUUAGUUAAUAUGUAAUUUUGAUAAUAAAUUUGCGUAUGAAUGAAUUAUCAAUAAAGUUUGUAUGUAUCUUGAAAGUUUCA